UUGAGCUAUUAUACUUUCAUAUCCCCCACCGACAUUACCAUCCUCUUCUGAGAUCCAUUAAGCUGCUUACUUCACUGACUACACGCCCUGCAAAAACCAAAGCAAGAAGCAACUUCUAGCUAGUCCCCUGAACUCAGUCCUCCAAUGGAGUCUCCGAACCCAUCUACCGCCGGGAAGCCAAUUAGAUGCAAAGCUGCCGUCUGCCGGAAAGCAGGGGAACCGUUAGCAAUUGAGGAGAUAAAUGUCGACCCGCCGCGUGCCCGCGAAGCUCGGAUUCGAGUCAUCUGUACUUCCAUCUGCAACACGGACGUCAGCUUCUGGAGAAUGACGUCAUCCCCGGGCGGCUUCUUCCCCAGAAUCCUCGGCCACGAAGCCGUCGGAGUAGUGGAGAGCGUGGGCGAAGGCGUGACAGAGUUGAAAACAGGGGAUACCGUUGUCCCUGUUUUCCUUCCCGAUUGCGGAGGAGAAUGCGCCGAUUGUAGAUCGGAGAAUAGCAAUUUAUGUUCCAAACUGCCGUUCAAGCUCUCUCCGGGGAUGCCCAGAGACGGUACCAGCCGGUUCGCCGAUCUUCGAGGGAAUGUGAUUCACAACUUCCUCUCUGUUUCCGGAUUCAGUGAGUACACGGUUGUGGACGUUGCCCAUCUCACUAAGGUUGAUUCGUCGGCGCCUCCGGAGAGAGCUUGCCUCCUCAAUUGUGGAAUUGCCGCAGGUGUUGGGGCUGCUUGGAGAAAGGCGAAUGUGCAGAAAGGGUCGACCGUUGCAAUCUUCGGCCUCGGGUCUAUUGGUUUGGCUGUUGCCGAGGGGGCAAGACUUUGUGGUGCUGGGAGGGUUAUUGGGAUCGAUGCAUACCCAGAAAAGCUCGAGAUGGGUGAGAACAAAAUCACCUAGCUAGCUUAAUUUGGAGAGCGUUAUGAACAGAGGAUGUCUCCCGUUUCUGUCCUUUUCCCCUAUUGAGAGUUUCACAAACAAUGCAGCGAAGAAGUUUGGAGUCACAGAGUUUGUCAAUCCUGUUGAUUGCGGAGAUAAGUCGUUGAGCCAGGUGAUCAACGAGAUGACUGGAGGAGGUGCAGACAGUUGUUUUGAAUGCGCCGGUUCCCCAUCUUUAAUGGAGCAAGCCUAUGCUUCCUGUCGAAAGGGAUGGGGGAAGACGAUCGUGCUGGGAGUAGGAGGAGAAGGGUCAGAGAUGAAACUGAAAUGCAUGGACGUUCUCCAGAGUGGGAGGACACUUACGGGAGCUCUAUUUGGAGGCCUCAAACCCAAAACCCACAUCCCAAUUCUGCUGCAACGUUACAUCCACAAGGAGCUAGAGCUGGACAAGUUUGUGACGCAUGAGAUGGAAUUUGAGGAUAUCAACAAGGCCUUUGAUCUACUAGUUGAAGGGAAGUGUCUCCGUUGUGUGAUUUGGCUGUACCGCCCAGACCAGUCGGCUGCCUGCUUAAUGCCCCGUGUUGUGUGAUUUGUUUUGAAACAAAUAGUUCAUGGAGUGAUUUGAAUGCUGUAAGCCUGUAACAGAGGUACUUAGGGUUUGAGAAAGCUCUAAAUCCAUUAAGGUGUAACAUUAUACUACAAUAACUAGAUUAAGGUCCGAUUCACUCGUCGGAAGAACUUAAUUUAAUAAGUGAUAUCUCUCUCAU